AUGGUCUAUCAAGGCACCGAUGGCGACUCUCUCGCCAAAUACGAGUCCAGCGAGGUCUCUGUUGCCCAAGCCAGCAAGAGCGGUCCUAAGCGCUCGUAUACUCUCUCGUCCAAUGUCGCCGACGCGCACGCGAGGACUGUCGCCAAGCUCAACGCUCCCCCGGCCCCCAAAGAGGUCAAUAACGCUUUGGUCUACUUGAUCGGCAUCACUAUCUGCAUGGGUGCCGUUGCCUACGGGUGAGUUCACUAUUUCGCGCUAAGAAAAGUUCUCAACCUUCCGCGGCUGCUCGGACAAUGGCUGACUUCUUCUCGCUGUCUUCGCGGUCCACCAGCUACGACACAGGAUUCUUCGGUGGAACGAUCGCCCUCACAUCUUUCCAACGCGACUUCGGCACCCUCUCCAAAUCGCCCAAGGAGCGCGAUGCGAUCUCGGCGAACCUCGUCUCGCUCUUCCAGGGCGGUUCUUUCUUCGGUGCUGCGUUCCAAUUGCCCAUCACCAACACGCUCGGUCGGAAGUGGUCCAUCAUCAUAUCCAACAUCAUCUUCAUCGUCUCUGCCAUUGUCCAAGCGGUCGCAAACGGCAAUGUCAGUGUCAUGAUGGCCGGUCGCUUCUUGGGUGGUCUCGCCAUCGGUGUCUCUUCACUCGUCAUCCCUGUCUACCUCUCCGAAUUCGCGCCCGCCCCGAUCCGUGGUCGACUCAUCGGUUUCUACGACAUGGGUAUUCAGGUCGGCACCCUCGCCGGCUUCUGGAUCAACUUCUUGCUCUUCCGUACCUUCCCUUCCAACCAGUGGCAAUGGCGAAUCCCCGUACUGCUCCAGCUCGCCCCCGCUGCUCUCCUCGGUCUCGGCAUGUAAGUCACAAGCUGACCCACCUUGCGGACACCCGCUACUCUAAGUCUCGCACUUUUUUUUUUUUUUUUUUUUUUGCUCAGGUUCUUCCUUCCCGAGACUCCUCGCUUCCUCAUGGACAAGGGCCGAUUCGACGAGGCCGAAGCCGUCCUCGUGCGCCUGCGCCGUCUGCCACGCGACCACGAGUACCUCCAAUGGGAGUUGACUCAGACCCGCGCCCAAGCCGAAGCCGAGAAGAUGAUCCGAGGCGACGACACGACCUUCGACUUGAUCAAGCAGCUCUUCCGAUCCAGAGGCCACAGCUACCGUCUGUUCCUUGCCAUGUCUUUGCUCUUCUUCAAGACCUUCUCCGGUGUCCAGGCCGUCAACUACUACUCGCCCCGCAUCUUCGAGCAACUCGGCUUCAAGGGAACGUCCAACUCCCUCCUCGCUACCGGUGUCUACGGCUCGGUCAAGUUUAUCUGCACCGUCAUCUUUGGCCUGUUCGUCGUUGAUCGUAUUGGUCGUCGUCGCCCUUUGAUCUUCGGCUCGACCGCUGGCGCGCUCUGCCUCUUCUACAUGGGUGGUUACCUCACCGGUGCCGGCCCCCGUCCCGCCGACGCCACCGGCACUCGCCCUGGAGAUUACUCGGCCAUCGUCGCCAUCUUCCUCUACGCCUCUAUCUACUGCUUCGGUUACAACUCAGUCCCGCUCACGCUCGUUUCCGAGAUCUUCACCAUGCGCUUCAAGACGGUCUCGAUGACGUUCUGCCUCAUGUGGCAAUGGCUCUGCACCUUUGCCGUCGUCCGCAUCAUGCCCGUGGCUUUGACCAACCUCGGUGGCAAAGCCUACUUCCCCUUCGCGGCCAUCUUCAUCACCGCAGGUCCUUUCGUCUACUUCCUCGUUCCUGAGACCAAGGGCUUGCCUCUCGAAGCCAUGGACGACCUCUUCGGUGUGGCCGAGAUGACCGAUGCCGAGCGCGCCGUUUUAGCGAACGAGAAGGGUGAGGUCGGCUCCGUUUCGCACGUCGAGCACGCUGGGUACGCUAGCGCCGCUGCGGGUGUUGCGAGGACCAACACCGUUCAGGUCAUGGCACCCAUUGAUGAGCUCGCAAGGCGUGUCUAG